AUGUCUCAAACGCUAAGAAUUAAAGCCGGGGUAGACUAUGUUGUUGAUACCUAUAGAACUAGAGAAAAUAAUACUGAUGCUAGAGUUAAUCGAAAUUAUUGUUUUUUUACAUUCCUUCAUUUAGCAUGUAUGUUUCAAGAUGGGGUUUUGGAAGUGAAUCCUGAAUUGGUUAAUACACCAAUUAUGAUGGAAGUAAUGACACCAAUCUCUC